AUGGAUGGGAUUGGUGUUGAAUUCAGUAGUCUUACUUUACCAGACACUGCUUCAAUAACUUGUAAGUGGCCAUUGUUUGUUACUGGAUGCUCCGAACUUGGGCUCUAUGGCAAGUGUGCCAUCUGGAUCAAUGUUGUCUGGCAAAGUGACCUCCAGUGCGACCCUGGCGUAGGAAUGGAUGCCUUAUACAAUCUUAUUUACCGACAACCACAGAUUGUUAUGAUGAUCGGAAGUGCUUGCUCCGAGGUCACCAAAACGCUCUCAGAAAUUGUGCCUUAUUGGAAUCUUAUCCUUGUAUCAUAUGCAUCAACCUCUCCAGCUUUGAGUGAACGGGAGAAAUACAAAACAUUCUUCAGGCUGGCUCCUGCAGAUUCGUCUCAAAAUGUUCCGCGAGCAUUGUUUAUAAACGAGUUUGGAUGGGAUACUGUCGCCACCUUGUUUGAGAUGGAGAGGGAUUAUUCUUUGGCAGUAGAUGAAAUGGGUAAAACAUUUGAACAGAACAAUAUUACUAUAAAGAUAUCAACAUCAUUUCGACGUUAUGAUGAUAUUGCAGCUAAUCUUAUUGCCAUAAAGAGGCAUGAUGCUCGUAUAAUUAUUGGAGGGUACACUGAAAAAGCAGCAAGACACGUACUUUGUCAGGCCUAUCGCUUGAACAUGUUUGGUCCGAGGUAUGUUUGGAUUAUCAUUGGCGACUAUGUAGAGAAAUGGUGGGAAAUAACAAAUGAUACACUAUGCAGCAGACGACAACUUCAGAAAGCGGCGGAGGGGUACUUCACCAUUGACAGUCUAAACUCGCUUAGCGACGAUGACAUGUCAUCUCUAAAUAUCAGCUUUCGACAUUUUGUUGAGGAGUAUGAUUUAAAGAAAGGUGUGAGGCCAAUGUCACCAUAUGCGACCAGCAGUUACGACACUGUUUGGACAAUAGCUUUAACAUUGCGUCAUGCCAUUGACCAAACCCAAAAGUCCAAUGGCCAGGAGAACUCACAUUUGUUGGAAAACUUUACUUAUGAGAAUGGAACAGAGACAAAAAAUAUAUUCUUUGAUAUUAUGCAAGAUCUUGGGUUCCUUGGUAUUUCGGGUCCAAUAUCAUUUGAAGGUCCAGACAGAAAGGGGAUAUCCGUCAUCAGUCAAAACCAAAAUGGUCGAAUGGUUAGAAUUGCCCUUUACGAACCGGAAGAAAAGAAAUUAAACUUUUACUGCAGAGCAUGCCAACCAAUAAUUUGGUUAGGUGGCCGAGCACCACGUGACAAGACGGUGUUGGUGUCAAGAAAGAAAAAAAUAGAUGCCUUAGCGUUUUUAAGUGUCAGUUCAGUGAGUGUAUGUGGACUUAUUCUUGCUAGUGUGUUUCUAGCUUACAACCUUUACCAUCGACGAUUAAGGUAUAUCAAACUAUCGAGCCCAAAAUUAAACAACGUCGCUGUUGUCGGGUGCAUGUUUGUAUACGCUGGCAUAAUUGUUCUUGGAUAUGACGACACAAUGCUGGAUGAAGUCUUCUAUCCGUACCUGUGCACGACAAGAGCUUUCCUGUUUGCUGCCGGAUUCUCGCUAUCGUUUGGAGCUAUGUUUACCAAGACAUACAGAGUUCAUCAAAUUUUCACGAGAGCUAAUAGAGGCCUUAUAAAAAGCAAGUUGCUCAGAGACAAACAGCUACUGUUUAUCAUUGGAGCGUUACUGGUUGUUGAUUCGGUUGUUUUAUUGAUUUGGGGAUUUGUUGAUCCUAUGCAUAAACAGAUUACAAACCUUACUACAGAGGUUUCGGAGAAUGAUGAUGAUCUUUUAUACAUAUCACAACUAACAAAAUGUCAUUCAGACCAUCUUGACAAAUGGACAGGCAUUUUGUAUGUUUACAAAGGAUUACUCCUUAUGUUCGGAGUGUACAUGGCCUGGGAGACGCGGCACGUGAAGAUUCCGGCUCUAAAUGACUCCCGUUAUAUUGGCAUGAAUGUAUAUAACGUAGUUAUUAUGAGCGCAUUGGUUGUAACCAUAUCAAAUAUAUUAUCUCAUCAACCAACCCUGGCAUACGUUAUGGAGUCGUCUUUUAUGUUGAUUUCAACAACAACGACUCUUUGUUUGUUGUUUGUGCCAAAGAUCUAUGCUAUACUAACAUACAAAGGUGAACCGAUUAUUGCGGCCUCGGGUAUUACUGUGGAAGCUAAUUGCCGUCGGUUUGCUGUUGACGAACGCAGAGAACAUUUCUAUAGGGCUGAGGUUCAAAACAGAGUAUAUAAACGUGAAAUAAUUGAGCUGGAAGCAGAGAUUAUACGGCUAGAGAGACUUUUGGAAAUACCUGUCAAACCUUAUCCGAAGUUGACAAGGGAAUUGUUAAAAUCACUACCCGAGUCAACAGUUGACCCAUCACCUGAAGUUAAACGGCGCUGGACGCAAGAUAGGGACAGAGAUGUAUGUGUCUCCAUAUCAGACGCUGGCGAUGUAUGUAUGGGUGUUUCUGAGGAUCGAUCUGACGACGGUCAUGGCCAGCAAGGCGAGGACACUCGUUCAAGGUCAAAACCUUUCCGGCGACGGGCUAAUAGAUUAAGUAUACGUGUAGCUACGAACUAUGCAUAUACAAAAUUAUGUAAACUACGCCCUAGAUUUAGUGUCGGGAGUGUUAAUUUCAAACAUGACUACGAGGACUUAAAAGGAUCUCCAACGUCUCCAGAUGGCCAUCUAAUAAACGCUUUACCUAUAGAAAGAAGUAGAUCAUCCCAUCCUCUAAUGCGACAAGAGGCGUUAGAAUUAAGUCAGGGAGGAAUAAGCGUUCCUAAGCAAGACUCGGAAAAGAGUGAAACAAAAACGUGCGAUACUCGUGUAUCCGAUGAAAUGGAAUCUGAAAUUGCUCAAGAAUGUCCAUCUAUUAAAUUCUAUGUUCCGCAAAUGGACCUUCUUAAAGUUCCGUCCAAUACUGAUUUAGCUGGUUGUGAGCAAAAAACACUGACAAAAGUAUAUUCUGCUCCUGUUCGCAGGCGUCGAAAGCAUGGCAAUACUUUGUCCGUUUCCCCGAUGCAAGAGGCGUGUUUGAUAACAGAGGUGGAUUCCAGUAGCGCGGAGCGGUCAACUCCGCGUCUUCGACGGGCAAAGUCUAUUCUAGAACAUGAACGUAGAACCAGGAUACGGAAAUUACAAGCAGAUUUAAGACGUAUCCAAAACGAACUGCAAAAUUUGAAUGAUCUAGAAUAUGACAUUUCCGAAGUAUAA